AUGGCGCGACCAAAUAUGAUCAAGGCCACGAAAAGGGCCAUCAAAGAUAGUCCAAGAGAAAUCUUCAAUUGGUAUCUUCUAGCUUGCACAUGUGUCUGGAGUUUCUCAGGUGUUGCCAAAGGUUUCGAUGAAGGUAACAUUGCGUCUCUCGUCAUCAUGGACAUUUUCAAAGAGCAUUUCGGAAUCGAUAACCAAACCGACCACGAGUAUGCCAAUACAAAAGGCUGGAUCGUAUCGAUUGCCACAGCGGGAGCCGUAUUUGGCUGUCUAGGUUGUGUGUGGCUCACGCAGCGGUUUGGAAGAACACGAACGUUUCAGUUCUUCACUGUUGUGUAUAUGGCUGGCAUCUUUGGUCAGACCUUCAGUAACAAUCUCGGUGUCCUUUACGCCACACGCGUCAUCUCUGGAAUAGGGAUUGGCGCGACUACUGUUCUUCCUUCAGUCUACAUCGCAGAGAUAUCUCCCCAACCGAUCCGCGGGCUCUUGACUCUUCAGUAUACAUGCUGCCAACAGCUCGGUGUCGUCUUUGGUUUCUUCUUUAACUACGGCGUCACGAAAUACCAUGCCGGAACGAGCCUCCAAUGGCAACUACCCACUGCUCUACAACUGAUCCCCGCCUUGAUCUGGGGUGUUGGUACAUUCUUUACUCCUGAGACACCUCGCUUUCUCUUGAGUCAGAAUAAGAAGACAGAAGCCUUGGCUGUCCUCUCACGUUUCCGAGGACUUCCUGAGGAUCAUCCUUAUGUUCAAGCCGAGUUUCAAGGUAUCGAGUCACAGCUCAAUCACGAAAUCGAGGUUGUGGCUGGGGCCAACACCAUCGAUCUGGUCAAAGAGACAUUCUCUGAUAUCAGCAACCGUCGCCGAUUCACCCUCAUGUUUGCAUGUCAUGUUCUUGGGCAAUGGUCUGGAGCAAAUGCGAUAACGCAGUAUUCUCCAACGAUCUUUGGAUAUCUUGGAAUCGCUGGUACUGAAGCACGUUUUCUGGCGACAGGUUGCUAUGCGAUUUUGAAGUUUGUCUCGGUCCUGCUGUUCUCCGUUUUCGUCAUCGAUUUCAUCGGCCGACGCCGGUCCCUCAUGACUGGGAUUACCAUUCAGAUAUUGACUUUGGCAUUCGUUGGAGCUUACCUCAAAGUCACCAACGGCUUGACACCCGAGGACAUUGAGUCUAGCUCCUCCACCAUGGCGGCUAGUCGUGCUGCUAUCGCAGCCAUCUACAUUCACGCCAUCGGCUGGUCUAUCGGAUGGUUCUCCAUUCCAUACCUCGUGUCCGCCGAAGUCUUUCCCAUCCGUAUCCGCUCCAUAAAUGUAGCAACGUUGAUGGCGGUGCACUGGGCCAUGUAUUUCGGCUGUUCGCGGGCUAUGCCUUCACUGUUGGCUGCGACUGAGAGAUAUGGCGCUUUCAUGUUUUUCUUGAGCAUCGCCACUUGCUCGCUUAUCUAUGUUUACUUCGCCAUGCCUGAAACCUCUGGAAGGUCUCUCGAGAGUAUGGACAAGCUAUUUGAGAGACCUUGGUACACUGUACACAAGAUUGCAUAUCCUACGGUGGACGAUCUGAAGCCUGCUGCUCGUGAGAUUAUUGAGCCAGAUAUGAAGGACCAGGAGUCUGUUGUGUCAAAACAUAUUGAGAACCGCUACUAA